AUGGGUCGCACCACUGGCCGUACUUCCAGCAUUCCCCCUUACGCUACCAAUAGAACAGGUUCGUCUGUUCGCGCUGCCGUUGUACUCGUACGCCUCCAGACCGGCGAUUGGGUACCUGGGCGAGUGGUUGGCAGAACAAACACUGUGUCUACCCAGACAUUCCAAGUCCAGUACGACGUCGAGUACGCCGUAAAUGGGCGUAUUUUGCGCGGUACUUUUCAGGCUCAAGAUGUCCAGCCCCUGCCGUAA